AAAAAAAAACUAUUUGGUACAUGCAAAGGGUGGGGAGGAGAAAUAUGGUUGAAAUUGUCAAGUUUACUUAUGUUAUGAUUAUCCUUAUUUCCUUAUUUCUUUUUUCAACGAACGUUGACGAGAUAUCGCCACGCCCUUCAAUUGAGGAAUAUCACUUUGAUUUCAAAUCCUAUUGCCUAUCAGAAUACAUUUAACUUGACUCUGAAAAUCAAGGGAUAUUUUAACUCCAAGAGGACAAAAGAUAUCAAAGUUGAGUUUCGUGUUAUGGCUUCAACUUUAUCUAAAGAAAUGGGAAUGAUGGAUGCACAGUUGAAGCGAUGAGAAGAUGCAGCACUUGAAGCCGUAUCCUUGCGUGAGAAAGCACAUUCACUAAGAGCGAAAUUGAGUGGGAAGGUUAUUCACACAAAGUUCCCUUUCAUUUUCUUUGUCACCGACUUUGUGAUAGGUCUUUUACAGCAAUUUAUCUAGAUAAUUUGAGUCUGUCGAUGAUCUUUGUAUAGUUAGUUUUACAUAGUGUAGAGGUUGGAAGUGCAAAUCUAAUAAGCUGUCUUAAUUUUUGUUAUUAAUUUUUUAUGAAAUGAUUCACUCAAAUGUUAGCGGUAUGGAAAAAAGGUAGGAAAAUUGUUUUGACUUAGUUGAUUCCAAUAAAUAUAUGCUUACUGAAACUGACAGUUAAUGUGUGCAUGUUAAUUUAUAGGAAAUGAAUGCAAAAAUUCCAAUUUGGUUGUAAUAAAUCAUGCCUACUGUAUAUAUAAAACAAUAUGAUUAGUAAAUGAUAAAAUGUGGUACUUUUAGAAUUUGGGUACGGCAUAAAUCAACCCUUACGAACCCGCAAUAGCUUCUUCGGGUUGAUAAUAUUUUCUUACAUGGACUCUCAUGUGUUCGUAUUGUCCUGUUUGAUCCCUGCAAUGUGCACCAUGAUUAGCUUGCUCGCUUCAAGAGGUCGUCACAAAGUACAGUCCCAACUCUUGCGAUCUUUUUGUCGGGCCUCAUUUUCUCCAUCCUGUAAGAUCUCAUGAGAUCCAUGUGAGGGAUAUUAUCAACUCGAAGAAGUUAUUUGAGUACGCAGUCAUCACCUUGCAAGCCAGUUUGUAAGGGCUGAGUUAGACCCAACCUAAAUUCUAAGUAUUCCACUGGAAUAUCUUUUGUUGACUUAAACCAGUUUGAAUUUAAUGACUUGUCCUUGAAGUAUUCUGCAAGAGUUUAUAGGUUGGUUCUUGUCCUUGAAUUUAUACCAUACAUACUUUUUAAGCAUUAAGGUUUAUUGGUUCCUUUGUUUUGAAGCGGACAAGCGAACUGAAGAGCCUUGCAAAUAAAUGUGCUGAACAGGUUUUGGGAAUGAAGACUUCAAAAACAUUGAUCGAACGCAUUAUAUCAAACACUAAAUGCACUCAAGAUGAAAAACACCUUGCAGCCGCCUUAGAGUUUUCCCGGUGGGAAUUGUCUGAUGCUGAGAAGGAGUUGAAAUUGCUCAUGUCUGUUGCUUCAGCUUCAGAGAAGGAUUUGGAUAGCAAAAGGAGUUCACAGAAGAAGCUGGAGGAAGAACUAAUGAACGUGAACAACCAAAUUGCUGAGCUGAAUUCUGAAACUGGAGAAACCGUAGUACAGCAACUUGAAGAAGAAGAAGAAAUAAGAGUUUGCAAAAACAUGAUCAAGUGUACUGUCUUUUCUGACCGUCCAAAGGAGGUUGUGAUUUUGAAGUGUUAUCAUCUGUUCUGCAAUCCAUGUAUACAAAGAAAUUUUGAACUCUGUCAACGCAUGUCCUGCCAGCGGAACAGCAUUUGGACCGACUCAAUGAAGCACGGACACUCCUCGAAUUAGGCGUGUCCUGGUGUCGGACACGCGUCAGUGUCCGACACGACACUUAUAAUUACACUGUAUUAUGUCAUUUUCUCAAAUUAUUAUCCGUGUCGGCGUGUCAGUGUCCGUGUCGUGUCCGGUGUCCGUGUCUGUGUCCGUGCUUCAUAGGGACCGAGCAAUGUUCGCUUCGUAAAAUAUGAGAUUGACUCGUGUAAUUAUACCUUGCGUUUAAUGUUUUGGAUCCAUUUUCA